AUGCAAAUCAAUAUUUCAGCCCUGUUCUGUUGGCCCAACCCCAUACGAUCCCAUGAAAAUGAAAAUCCUGUGCUGACCGUUAGGAGCAAUCUGCUCACCAGGAAGCUCUUCUGGAAGCUGGCUGGGCCCCAUAGGUGUGGGUCCUGGAGCUCUUUGGGACGUCCGGCUGACCUUGUGCCCCGAAGGAAAUGGAUGAGAUGGCCCCAUCAGAGGGGGGACCAGGGGCAUGCCAAGCCAGCAGUCAUGCAGGACCCUGUGUAUGCUUGGGACGCCCUAGCCACAUGGAACAGCUGGUUCCAGGCACUGGCAGGGGCUUGGAAAGUCCCCAAGAAGGUAUCCCAAAUGCAGGCUGUGGUGGGGUGGAGUGGGUCACUGAAGCACAGGGCCUGGGACAGGGACCCUGCUUCCCUGGGGUUUAGGGGAUGUGCUGAAGAGUGGGAUGACCUUUGA